CAUGUCCCGUAAAUAAGUAUGGUCCGAUGUGUAGCUUCGACUGCUUGUGCAAGAACGGUGGAACGUGUGAGCCAGUCUCUGGAGAAUGCCAAUGUCCUGCAGGUUUUUUUGGCGCUCUGUGCACUGAAGAAUGCCCUCUAGGCCGCUUCGGAGUCAACUGUAUGAGUCUUUGUCUGUGCAUGAACGGAGGUAUGUGCAGCCCUGUAAAUGGCAGCUGCACCUGCGCGGCUGGAUGGCACGGUGCCAGCUGUGAAAAGGUGUGUGACAAAGGCACAUUCGGCGUAGACUGUGCACAAACGUGCAACUGCUUCGACGACGUGUCUUGCGACCCGGUUUCUGGCGAGUGCAUCUGCUCACCAGGCUUGCAAGGGGCUCGAUGCGAUCAGCCCUGCGGUAACGGUACUUACGGCGCCGGUUGCAUGGGAAUGUGUGCCUGCAAGAACAACUCAACCUGUAAUCCCGUGACAGGUAUCUGUUCGUGUCCUCCUGGGUGGACAGGCAUUCACUGCAAUCUUCCCUGCCCUGACGGAUAUUUCGGUCGUAACUGCAGUCAGGCAUGCGACUGUGGCACAGUACCGGAUGCGAUGUUGAGCAAAUGCCAUCAUGUCACAGGCGAAUGUCAAUGUCCACCUGGAUGGACGGGGCCAGACUGUCGAACUCCGUGCCCUCCAGACCGUUGGGGAGACAGGUGCUCGGAAAAGUGCGAGUGUCAAAACGGAGGCUCUUGCGACCCCAUUUCUGGCAUGUGUUCUUGUCAACCUGGUUGGCGAGGUAGGACGUGUGACAAGGAGUGCACAAUGGGACUGUACGGUUUCAACUGCGCCCAACAUUGCCACUGUUUAAACAACGCAACCUGUAACCCAAAGACUGGCGAGUGCCAAUGCCAGCCAGGAUGGAUGGGAACCGCUUGCGAGUUCAAAUGUCCGUCAGGCUACUUUGGCACCAGCUGUCAAGGAAAUUGCAUUUGUAAGAACGGCGCGAUGUGCAAUUCGGUUGAUGGCUCUUGCAACUGUCUGCCCGGAUGGACAGAAUGCCCUGAUGAUCAUUUUGGCCAGAACUGUUCCGAGAUCUGCCAGUGUGAACACGGUGCUUCUUGUAAUCACAUAACCGGGUUCUGCAUAUGCAAGCCCGGGUGGCGAGGCAAGCGUUGUCAUCGACCCUGCUUAAAAGGAUAUUUUGGAAGAAACUGUGCGCAAAUGUGCCGCUGCCCUAAAGCGAAUACUUGCGACCACAUUACGGGAUACUGUGCUUGUCCCCCUGGUUAUACCGGUUCAACGUGUACUCUCUUAUGUCCAGUAGGGAAAUAUGGCCAGGACUGCAACAAUAGGUGCAACUGUCCUAGAAACUCUGAAUGCGAUGCGAUUAACGGCCAUUGCUACUGUAAAGCAGGCUACUCUGGCGAAGAGUGCAGUCCUGGCUUGAAAAAUAAUAAUUUAGGCUGCCCUCAGGGAAAAUUCGGUGUAAAUUGUCGAGAAAACUGUACAUGUGAAAAUGGAGCCACAUGCGACGCGGAAAACGGCAGAUGUUUCUGCCCACUUGGUUUCAUUGGAACACGUUGUGAACUCGGCUGUCCCCCUAAUCGUUAUGGAAUCAACUGUGUCGAAGAAUGCCACUGUCUAAACGGUGGCAGGUGUAACCCCACUAGCGGUCAGUGCGCUUGUCCCCCCGGCUUUACGGGAAUCAACUGCCAACAAGUGUGUCCAGAAAACAAGUACGGACCCGGAUGCUCUGAGACGUGUCGCUGUAAGCACGGCGGCCACUGCAACCCUUUAAAUGGAAGCUGUCGAUGUACACUCGGCAGAACCGGUCCUACCUGUGAGCAAGAAUGCCCGGCAAAUCGAUACGGCCCGGAAUGCUCGCUUGAAUGUAGAUGCCAGAAUAAUGCUCAGUGUGACAAGAUCACCGGUUGCUGCGACUGUCCAGACGGUUUCUUCGGCGGCAUGUGCGAAUACAAAUGUCCUGAAGGCACAUAUGGCUGGUACUGUUCGAAAAGUUGUAAAUGCAUGAACAGCGCCACGUGUGAUGCUGCUUCUGGUCAGUGUUUAUGUCCGCCUGGUUUCAUGGGCUCCUACUGUGAAUCAGAGUGCCAGGUUGGGUUCUACGGCGCCGGUUGCCGUUUCCAAUGCGACUGUGGCAAUUUCACUUGUGACAGACUGACUGGAAAAUGCCUUUGUCCCCUCGGCUUGACCGGGCCACGGUGCGCGGAAGCAUGCCGUCCCGGAAGAUUUGGCUUGAAUUGUGAACAGCGCUGUACCUGUUACAAUGGAGCCAGGUGUGAUUUGUUUACCGGCCAGUGUCACUGCGCUGAUGGUUGGUUAGGCCCUACUUGCCAAGAAGAAGAUCAUGAUUACAACGUCAUGCCAAGCAGAGGCGACAUUCCGAAAUUUCCCACUCGAAAUUUCCAUAGGUAGCA